AUGCAAGCCAUGGAAGUUAGGUUCACAAGUGUAUUUUUUCAGCGACCUUAUGAAUGCCCAGCUGAGGGCUGCUCAAGGUCCUAUACUCGACAGCAGCACUUGAAAAGACAUCUUGAAACAACGCAUGUGUGUGAAUCAAAAGAAGACAAAAUUAAAUGUGAUGAUUGUGAUAAGAUGUUUUCCAAUAAAUAUUCCCUCCGGAAGCAUCACUAUAGGUACCAUGUGCGUACUCCAUUCACAUGCAGUGAAUGCGGACAAACCUUCAAGAAGCAGCAACACCUUAAAACACAUACUUUUGUGCAUACAGGCAUCAAGCCAUAUAAAUGUGAAUUCCCAGGAUGUGAUGUGAGAUGUGAGAACCCUAGUCGCUUGAAACGUCACAGCUUUAUCCAUGAGAAGAGUCGAUAUGCUUGCCCUAUUGAGAAUUGUGGGAAUACAUUUGAUCUGUAUCACAAUCUGCAGAUGCAUCUCUCUAUCAGCCAUAUGAAAGUAUGUGAUGUUUGUGGGAGAACAUUUAGACAACUUCGCAAGCUUAGACUGCAUCGCAAAACCCAUGAAGAUGUCCGAGAAGCUUUCUUCUGCCCUCUUCCAAAUUGUGAUAAACACUUUUACCAGGAAAACAACUUGGCUACACACAUCCAGGAGAAGCAUGAAAAGAGCAAGAUAUACCAGUGUGGCAUCUGUGACAAAUGUCUAGCUAGCAAGCAAAAAUUAACACGUCAUAUGGCCACCCAUGCACUAGAUUAUAAAAGGAACUACACAUCCAAAAAGCCAAGGAAACCUCGUAAAGACAAAGGUGUUUCAAGGACAGAUUAUUCACGUUUACUGUCUGGGUACUAUGAAGAUGAAGAAGAAGCUACUGUUGUCAGUCCAAAAGACGAUGGUGAAGUCAAGGACAUGGACACUAAUCAUGAAGUAGUCCCUAAUGGUCAGGAGAAAACUGCAGCAGAAAGUAAAGAUGAAGAAGAAAUGGAGUGCGAGUGAUAUGAAGACAGGCUUUAAUUGAUUUAUACAUUUAUUCUUAAACAUGCCAAGGAAUUGUCCGUGAUAUUUAAAGCUUAAGAAUAUUGCAUUGGUACUGCUUUCAGUUUUGCAUAGUGAAAUGUAUAAGAUUUUUCAUUUGUAGAUUUUAGUAAAAAAUUUGAUCUGUAUGCAUGUUUGUGGGUCUGUUUGGGAUUGCACAAAAUGCUCAGUAAUGUGUUAUUCCCCAUGAGAAAUGAUUUUAUAAAAUAUAUAUAAUUAUUAAUGGAAAAAAAAAGUCCAUUAAUUUUAGUAAACUUAUACAUCUCACAUGUAAAAUACAUUAUAUAAUUCACAUGGAUUCAAUGCUUAUAACAAUACAAUGCUUAUAACUUUAUGUGACUGAUUGUGAGUUUUCUGAAGAAUAGUUGUUAAUAACAUAGUAAUAUGGGAUAUUAAAACACUCUCUUGGUUAUAAGUGUAUUCACUUACUGAUUAUAUGUUAUACAUGCAUGAUUUGCUUACAGUAUGUUUCAUUACUUGCAGUCUAUAAUAACUGGUGCUGAAUUAUGUACAGUAGCAGAAAACAUGUAAUGAAACUUGCAGAUAUUCAAUAUAAUAUCUUCAGGCAUAAUAGAUGUUUCAAACUUCCAGAAGUAUGAAAAUAUUUUAAGAAAUUGACUGUUCUUAGGAGUUUUGCAUGAAUAUGAUGCUUCUGCUUGUGCAUCAUUAAUUAUCUUCCUAGAUAGGCUAGUUUUUGCCAUGUGUGUGUGUUUGUGUGUGUGGAUGCUUGUAUGUGUUUGUGGGUAUGUGUGCGUGUGCAUUUGCGUGUUUUAGCUGUUUGCAUGCAUUUAUUUAUUACCCUUCUUUGUAUUUUACAUCAUAAACAAACACAUUUAGAAAGCUAUCUAGGCUUAUGUUUAAGUUCUAGUGUUCUAGUUCCUAGAUUGAUUGAUUGAUUGAUAGAUAGACAUAGAUCAAUUGACAGGUUUAUAUUUACUUUUAUAUUUGCAUAUGCACAUAAUAUUUGGAUAUUGAUAAAAUCAAUAUAGGUCAAGUCAUCUGCUCCAUACUAGUUGAGAAAAAAAUAAGGAGAGCCAUGGAGGGAAGAACCAAGUCUGCUUCUUGUAUAAAACCUAUGUGAUGUAAGUGAACACUAAAAGUCUGGUUAACUGUGUAGAUUAUAAGAACAUUUGGAUAAGAAAGAAACAGGGAAACUUUACAAAGACUUCAUAAGUUAGAGUAAACAAUGAUUGAAGGUUAAAGGAGGAAAAAAUCCAGUUUAGGGAUGAGACAUCUCAAACCCAACUAAAUUUAUUCCCAGAUCAGAAAUUCAGCAAUGGACAAGCAGUAACAGCAAACGACUGAAGGAACACAAUACCCAAAAUGAGUAAAGUACAUUAUGGAUAAUUGAAACCAAACUUGACCUCCCUUUAGAAAGUGUUACUUUAGUACUCAUAGACUAUAAUGUUUGAAUAAAUUAUUUGAAAGAUGUAGAUAGAGGGGUAGUACUUAUAUGAAUUGGAUUAACAAUAAAGCCUUGCAUCUGUGGGGGGUAGUAAUAUGGAUAAGACUGACAAUAUAGUAUUUGAAAAUUCAACAAAACCCCAUUGAGAACUUAUUGUUUAUUGAGACAAAAAAAAAAGAGACUGUUUUACAAAAAGGAGAUACAGAUGAGCAGCACAUAAGAUUUUAUAUCUUUAAUGGAAUUAAAUGCAUGCCAAAAUACAAAACCAUAAUAUACAGACAUAAUAAUAGUUAAAUGUUUACAUGCCUCUACAAGUGUAACAUGGUACAAGAAAGUUACAAAAAAGUUGCUCAAUAGAUGCCUAUGUAUUUAAAAAAAAAAAAAACUAAUCCCUUGGUCGUUGUUGUCAUGGGGGGGCUAAAGACACAAGGAAUGAGGCCCUAUGUAGAGUCCUCAGUACUCACCUCAAAUAAUUUUGCAUAGUCCUUUCUUCUCCUCCUUUCCUUUUCCUUUUCUUCAUCCUCUUGUUAUAUUCACUUAUCCUAAUCGUUAAACUUAUUUUUGCCAUUUUUGCCACUGUACUUUAUCAUAAUGCUUCCUACUCCCUUAACUAAUUCCUCUUCAAACAACCUUUACCUUUUACUACACCCCAUCAGCUCCCCCUCUCUACCCUUUUCACUACCAUACCACCCUCUAGUAGUGUUCAACCUUUAACUUUACCCUAAACAUUAACUCAUUCCAAACCCUUUUCACUACUCUAAUGUACCACAGCACCAUAGGACCUUUGCUGUCAUAUAGGAUUUCCUUAGCUCUGCCUUGGACCUCAGCUCUCACCUCAACUAAUUUUGCAGUGUCUUUUCUUCUCCCUCUUUUCUUUUCCUUCUCUUCUUCAGCCAUAAACAUUACCUUACUUUUAUCUUUAUCUUGGGGCUUUUGUAUACACUGCUAAUGACCGUAGAUGUUGAUGAGGCAGAAAAGUUUCAAAUAAAUAAAUAAAUAAAUAUUUAAAGAAGUUACUACAAAUUAUGGGAAUAAAAUGAAAAAAAUCAUAUAA